AUGAAGGGUUUUCUUCUUAAACUACCAGUAUGCGGAGAAAGAGGUGAAUACAAACCGCAGAAUCAGACCGGGGAGCGACGAGGCGGGCUUACGAUCAGACCGGGGAGCGAGAGAGCAGGCCGGCGACGAUCAGAUCGGGGAGCGACGAUCAGAUCGGGGAGCGAGAGAGCAGGCCGGCGACGAUCAGAUCGGGGAGCGAGAGAAGAGGCCGGCGACGAUCAGAUCGGGAGCGGCCAGGCCGGCGACGAUCAGAUCGGGGAGCGAGAGGGCGACGAUCAGAUCGAGCGAGAGAGCAGGCCGGCGACGAUCAGACGGGGGAGCGAGAGCCAGGCCGGCGAGAGAGCAGGCCGGGGACGAUCAGACAGGCCGGCGACGAUCAGAUCAGGGGAGCGAGAGAGCAGGCCGGCGACGAUCAGAUCGGGGAGCGAGAGAGCAGGCCGGCGACGAUCAGAUCGGGGAGCGAUCAGGCCGGCGACGAUCGGGGAGCAGGCCGGCGACGAUCGGACCGGGAGCAUGGUACGAUCAGACCGGGGAGCGAGAGAGCAGGACGGCGACGAUCAGACCGGGGAGCGAGAGAGCAGGCCGGCGACGAUCAGACCGGGGCGAGAGAGCGAUCAGACCGGGGGCAAGAUGGUAGAUCAGACCGGGGAGAGGAGAGGCCGGCUACGAUCAUAG